UCCCAGUGUUCUCACUGUCACUCUCUUUCUCUCUCUGAAUCACACGCUUUCUCUCUCUCUUGCUGCUCCUCUCUUUCUCUCUCUCUCUCUCUCCCCGCCUUCAAAUUCGUUAUUCCCGCACCAUUUUCAUACUGUUGCUUUCCAGUUUCCAGCGAGCAAUCCGCAUUUCCUCCCCCUGGAAACGAAACUCUCUCUCCAUCCAAACAGCGACUUCUCCGCUCGCACUCUCUUCCUUUCCCCCCAGCCAAAUACAGCCCAUGCUUUUCUUGCAGCCUCUAUGAGGAGAUUUCAGCCACAUUCCUCUCCGCGCCUGUAAAUCGUCUCUCUAAUUAAGCAGAGCUCUUGCUUUUGGUUCCUGUAAGUUUCCGGUAGGGUUUUGAGUAUGGAGAAAAAGCAGGGUUUCUUCUCCGCUUUGAAAGACGAGGUGGUGCGGGGCCUGUCGCCGGCGAGGUCGCGGGCGAAGAGUCCGGGUCGGACCGGGUCGCCGAUGUCGGGGCUGCUCCGCCGGAGGAAGAAUCGCCAGCAGGGGGUAGGGAAUCCGGAGCAGGUGGUGGCGAGAUCCGGAAGCCUGAGGUUCAUGACCGAGACGCUGACGCCGUUGAUGGAAGGGCCAGAUCCGGACGGCGACCUGGUCGGAGAUUCGAAGCGGGUCGGGUCAGGGAUCGGCCAUUGGAUGAAGGGUCAGCUCUCGAGGGCUCCGUCGUCAGCGUCGAGUGCUUACAAGCGGUCUGAUCUUAGACUGUUGCUUGGCGUUAUGGGCGCACCGCUCGCCCCAGUGCACGUUAGCACCAGCGACCCUUUGCCUCACCUCAGCAUCAAGGACACUCCAAUCGAAACUUCGUCUGCUCAGUACAUAUUGCAGCAAUAUACUGCUGCAUCAGGAGGCCAGAAGUUGCAAAGCUCAAUUAGGAAUGCAUAUGCAAUGGGGAAGGUGAAGAUGCUAGCUUCUGAGUUUGAAACUGCUACAAGGGUAAUGAAAAAUCGGAAUGCAGAGCGAGAUGCUGAGUCGGGCGGAUUUGUGCUAUGGCAGAUGAAUCCAGACAUGUGGUAUGUUGAGCUUGCUGUGGGAGGAAGCAAGGUUCAUGCCGGAUGCAACGGUAAACUUGUCUGGAGGCACACCCCAUGGCUAGGUGCCCAUACUGCCAAAGGGCCUGUUAGACCUUUACGCCGAGCUCUUCAGGGCCUUGACCCCAGAACCACUGCUAGCAUGUUUGCUGAUGCAAGAUGUAUUGGGGAGAAAAAGGUCAAUGGCGAAGAUUGUUUUAUCCUUAAGCUUUGUGCUGAUCCUCAGACCUUAAGGGCAAGAAGUGAGGGUCCUGCAGAGAUCAUAAGGCAUGUUUUGUUUGGAUACUUCAGUCAGAAGACGGGCCUUCUUGUUUAUAUGGAGGAUUCUCAUCUGACCCGUAUCCAGUCCAAUGGUGGCGAUGCAGUUUACUGGGAAACCACCAUUAACUCUUUCCUUGACGAUUACAGGCCUGUUGAGGGAAUCAUGAUUGCUCACUCUGGCAGAUCUGUGGUGACCCUUUUUAGGUUUGGCGAGAUGGCAAUGAGCCAUACCAAAACAAGGAUGGAAGAAGCUUGGACAAUUGAAGAGGUGGCCUUCAAUGUUCCAGGCUUGUCACUAGACUGUUUCAUCCCUCCAGCUGAUUUGAGAUCUGGUUCCAUCAGUGAAGCCUGCGAACUGCCCCACGAUGAAAGGGGAAAGAGCACAAUUUCCAUGGCAGCCCAUCGGGCUAAGGUUGCAGCGCUGGAGAAAGCACACGACCAUAACAUUGACAACACGGUUUGGAAGAUGGAAGUCUAACAAAGGGUAGGAAAAGAUUAGGGCAAUUGUUCAUACAAUAGGUAGGUUUUAAUUCACUGACACAUCAGAAGUUACAAGUAGCAGAUGAGUCAUUGAGGAAUUCUAUAUAUUAGGGUGUCCCUCUAUCAAUCUGUAAAUAGAGCAUAAUCAUUCACGGGUUCCACCGGAGCCUAGAUGAAUUUUUAUACUCUUAAUGCAGAAUCCAGCUAUGGAGUUGGAGCUCGGUUUUUCCCGGUAACGGAUGGAGCAAUGGAGGUUUGUUUUUAUUUUACCUUCCAUGUAUUGAGAAGGGUGGUGAAGCUUGCUGUAGCAGAACCUUAACCUUCAAAUGAUUCUCUUGCCUUGAUGUAUACAGCUGUAGCAGUGAUAAGGGUAAAAGCUGCUACAUGGAUUGAUUCUAAUAUUUUGGUUCUCUAUUUCCAAUCUGUUUUGAGUGUGUUUCUCUGGUGUGUGUUUUCCUUGCUGCUGUUGAAGUUUUUCUUUUUUUUUUUUAAUUUUUCUGGGGAUUGGUGAUGGAAAAAAGAGUCUUAGCUGUACAAGAAAGAGGGAAAUGUAAGAGAUAAGAUGAUGAGAAAUGUUUUUUUUUUUUUUUUUCUUUCUGGUUCAACCAGCCUGCGCAAGCAAAUACUGCUAUUACAUAUGGGUUUCUGGUUGUAACUUGUCAGCCCAGUGUGGCUGAGUAGAAAUGAUAUGUAUACUGUAACUUUGAGUA